AUGAGCUUCAACUUUACUGGGAAGCCCAAAGGCAGGAGUAUCAACCUCGGAAAUAGGGGUCUUUCGGGUCAUGACAGAAAGUCGUUUUUACAAACUGUGAAAAGAGACCGUGAGGAAAGAGCACAGAAAAGGAGGAAGAUAAGUGCCGCAACGAUGAUCCAAGCGGCCGUACGGGCCAUGGAGGAUCUAGACAGCAAGCGGGGACAGCUUGGUGCUCAGUGGGCCGGCAGACUUGAGGAAUUUUGCUUCUUUUAUCCAUAUGUUGUACUUCGGCAGGAUUUUGAAGCAUCUAAACACCAACUGGCCGUUUUAGGCGGUCAAUUGGGGCGCGGACCGCCCACUAGGACGCUCCAGAAUGUUGCUCGGGCGCUGGUGGACGCGGAUAUGCGCCUAGUUGCCGCAUGCGGCGGGAAAGACUUUGAAAAUACCGCUGAGUAUGUUGAGCUUGUCAAAAUGAGUAUUCCAGCCAUUCAGACGGCAAUUGCGGGCAUUGGAGCGCAGCAGAGUGGUGCAGAGCCAGGUGGGACUGCAGCGCAGGUCUCGCUGCUCCUUGCGCUGCUUUUUGACCUUUUCCAUGUGGAAAAACAGCUUGAACAAAGCACAAAAGACAUCAUAGACUGGAUUUUCCACUUUUCCACUUCCAGUGCCUACAAACCGAAGCACGGAUUGGUUUCUCUUCUCUCAAAAUACCGUCAUUUAGAUGUUGUGGACGCAAUGCUAGCGCCCGGUGCGGAUGCACUGCGGCUGGCGCAGUUCCUCGAUGCGCUUAUGCAGGAUUUUGUUGAAUUUGGCAAAAGCCUUGAUCUUGCGCUGGGCGCCAGGGUCGUUUUUCUUGGCAACGUAUGCCGACUGUACCAGCGCAUGCCGCAGCGUACUGGUGCCGUGAUACGUAUGUGCGAUCUCGAGUUCUUUGCGGCGCUUUUGCCGCAGUGCCACCGCCAGGGGGGUGCGCUCUACUUUGCGUCUCAGUUUGCGCCGCAGCGUACCUUUGUCUUUACGGAUGAGGACCCGGAGAUCUCCGGUCAGGAUUCUGGACAGGAUAGAUUUUUUGAUGAUGAUAUACAGAAUGAUAAUUGCAGGUGCGUUAUUGCGCCAUGCCUGGAAAAUGGCAUAGCGCAGUUGUACACGUCAGGGGAUGCGGCGCACGCGGCGCUUCAGUACUGCGCGGAGGCGCCGGUACUCUGUACGACAUUCAUCUACGAGUUGCUACAGCUUGUUGCACCGCAGGGGACUGCGCGCGGCGGCGCCAAUGCGCGCCUCGAGAGCGCACUCUUGUACUCGCUCAUCAAUGGCGCAGGGCCCAGUGCACCCGCAGUUUUUCUACACAGAGACUCGGUUGCGCAAGAAUUUUGGACCAACUACUCCUUCGAAAGUCUUUCUGGCACCGCAGAGAUUGCGCAGUAUUUUUGCGCAAUGCGCAACCCUGCGCUGGUUCCGUGGUGGCGCGGCAUGUACGUGGCGCUCAUGAUGUAUUCACGCAUGGUAUCAUCUAUGAGUAACAGCGCCAUGGUGCGGCUACUGCGGGAACCGGCAUUUUCGUCGCUGCUGUUUUUCUCGAAAGAUAUUGCCGUGAAGACGGUUUUGUAUGCGCACCAGUACCUGCAGUCUGCGCAAGGGGUGCGCUUCGAUGCGCAGUUUGAGCAGGUGGUCAUGGCUGCGCUUGCGCUUCUGCGCCUAGUGUACCGGCGCAACUUGCGCGUGAAGAUGCUUCCGGACCAGUACUGGGCGCUCGGCGAUUUCAAGGCUGCGGGUGUGUUGCCCUUGCUUGGCGUUAUUGCACAGAUGCACCGCAUUAUUGAUCUGCACGACGAGGAUGACAGUGCACGGGGUGCGCGCAUGGGCGCAGGCAACCCGACGCUCCAGCUCUUGCGCGGCGAGCCCUUGUUCAGCGCAAGCGGCUGCCCGGCCCUCUUCAGACACAUUUUCAUGUUUGACGGGGAGCGCGGCGACGCUGGCACGAUUGGCGCUACGAGUGCAACCAGCGUAACGGGCGCGACCAGCGCAGGCGGAUGGCGCAUUCUCCCCAGCAGUCAGUACCAGGCGCUCUGCGUCUUCUCGUACAUCCCCUACAUGGUGCCCUUCGCGCAGCGCGCCGGGGUGUUCCACCGGCUCAUCGCCGCAGACCGCGCAACCUUUGCGGAUGAUGCGGCCGCAGCGCGCACUCGCGGCACAAUUUCAAGAGAUAACGUUCUUUUUGAUGCGUUCGACCAGUUUUACUCAAUGUCCGGCACAGCCUUCAAAAGCCCGCUCGCAGUCCAGUUUGUCAACUCGUUCGGCGAACUGGAGGCCGGAAUAGAUGGCGGUGGACUCACAAAAGAGCUUUUGACAAGUAUUGUGAGUACAGUAUUUGUCCCAAGUGGUGAAAAUAUAGCCCAAAACAGGGGGUACCGGUUUUUCGACACGACUACGAACCACCAGUUGUUCCCUAGUGCUGACUACUUUCUCCAGAAGCAGUAUAUGGAGCAGAAUCCGCAGCAAAGUGUCAUCAGUGGUGAGUCUGUGGCUUUAAUGAAGCGUGUUUACCGUUUUAUCGGCAUGGUGGUGGGAAAAUGCCUCUAUGACAACGUUCUCAUCGAUGUGUCGUUUGCUCCCUUCUUCCUGAACUUGAUGAUGUGCUGCGAAAGCUGCUCUGCUUUCACUGGUGCUGCAGAUACGGACAGAGAGAGUUUCCGCAACAGUUACGACGAUUUGCAGCUUUUCGACCCGGAACUCUACGACAACCUCGAGAAGUUACUCCGUCUUGCUCCGGGCGACGUUGCCGGCCUUGGCUUGAGCUUCUGCGUGACCGAAAAGUUCGAGUAUCGGGGCACAGAGUACACUUUGAGCGUUAAUUUAGACGAUGGGGUCGAAAAAGGUGCCGAAAAGCCGGUCACCGCCGAAAACAGGCUGCAGUACGUUCUUGCCUUGGCCAAGUACAAGCUCAACACUCGAAUCCAGGAGCAGACGUGGGCGUUUAUGGAUGGCUUGUGCCAGGUGAUCGAUGAGUACUGGCUUACGCUUUUCAGCCCAUACGAGCUUCAGACGUUGAUUUCCGGCGGAGACAAGGGCAUAGACGUUGAGGAUUUGCGCAAAAAUGUUGUUUACGGGGGCUACACGCCAUCCAGCAACACGGUGCGGUUUUUGUUCGAGGUUCUCGACGAGUUUAGUGCCCAGGAAAAGGCCAAAUUCGUCAAAUUCGUCACUUCCUCCUCCAGGCAGCCAUUGCUUGGAUUCAAGGAGCUCACACCCAAGUUCGGCAUCCGGAAUGCCGGCAGCGACUGCACCAGACUUCCUACUGCAUCCACGUGCGUCAAUUUGCUCAAGUUGCCCGACUAUAACGACAAGGAUUUGCUAAAGCAAAAGCUACUUUUCUCUAUCAACGCCCAGGCUGGUUUUGAUUUGUCCUGA